AUGGCAUUAGAUCGAGCAGUUAAAGGCAAAAUAUCUUGCAAACGAGAUCCUGAACAAGAAAAAGCAGCACGAGAAUGGAUUGAAGCUGUUACUGGUGAAAAAUUUCCAAACAAUGAUUAUGAAGAAGCUCUUCAUGAUGGAAUUGUUCUUUGCAAAUUAAUGAAUAAACUUAAACCUGGUUCAGUAGCAAAAAUUCAUACAACUGGUAGUCCAAUGAAAUUACGUGAAAAUAUAUCCUUUUUUCAAGAUGCUGCUCAGGCCUAUGGUGUUAAUCCAAGUGAAGUAUUUCAAGCCGUUGAUUUAUUUGAUAAACAAAAUAUUCAACAAGUUACAACAUGCAUUUUUGCUUUAAGUCGUGUGGCUCAGAAGCAAAACUUUUCUGGACCCAAAUUAAAUUAUCAAACCAAAUUACCCGUUAAUGACUAA